AUGGACGACCCUUCCUCCGAUACACGUCCGCUGAAAAGAGUCAAGCUGGAAAGUGCCCAAGUAGACGGAAGUGCUGACGACCGGCCCUCGGACAUGGGCCCAAACCAGAACGGCUCUGAGCCUAAGGGCAAGAUGACGCCCCUCAAUCUGCCAGGCGACGAUAGCUCCAAAGAACUCGAGGUAGGUAUCACGGCUUUUGUCGACGAUGCUCGCGAUAAGUUUCAGGGCAUCCUCAAAAAGAGAUACACCGAUUUCCUGGUCAAUGAGAUCCUCCCGGAUGGCCGUGUCUUGCAUUUGCAGAACAUGAAUGUCAAAGAACGGGCUGAUCCGGCUGCGAACGGUGGCGGUGUCGAAUCAGCUGGACGCGAUGACCAAGUUCAGAACGAGCAAGCCCGCGAAACGCCUCGCGCUGAGGUCGCCGAGAAUGAAGCCGCACCGGAAGUUUCUGCAAUUGAGCAGCCCAAAUUAGCGACUUCGGAUGGACCUUCUGAAAAUAAGGAGGGAGCUCAAAGUCUAGCGGUAUCUAACACCGACCGAGCAAAAUUGGUAGACUACUUCAGCGAAGAAGCUGUUGAGCAGCUCAUGGGUCUCUACGGCUCCAUUGUGCGGACUCCAGCAAAGAAGCCUCGCGACCAUCCUACAGUUCGGACACCAUUCACCGCAGAUCGGACUGUUAGGUCGCAGAUCCACCAAGACAUCCGCCGAAUCUUCCACAACAAGAUCGAUUCUUCCACCGACAAGGACGGAGUGUUGGUUCUCCGCGCGGCAACUUCGAAUGAUCGUAGUCGAGGUGGGCCAAGACCGGCUGGCAGGGCUCGACCUGGAGCGCUCAGCUGGAUGGACCGUGGCGGCGACUAUCUUCACUUCACACUCUACAAGGAAAACAAGGACACGCUGGAAGCGAUAUCAUUCAUCACGAAACAGCUCAAGACGACGAACAAGACAUUUCAAUUUGCCGGCACCAAGGACCGACGAGCAGUGACAGUUCAACGAGUUAGUGCCUACCGCGUCGAGGCCUACCGGCUGGCCGGGCUCAAUCGAGUCUUGCGUUACUCGGCGGUCGGGGACUAUGAGUACCAGAAGCAUGGCCUGGAACUUGGCGACCUGAGUGGGAACGAGUUUGUGGUAACACUCAGAGACUGUGUCAUCAAUAGUGCCGCUCACACAACCACGUCUGACAAGCUCUCAGCAGCCCGAACAUAUCUAUCCCAUUCUAUGCAACAACUUCGGGAUAAAGGGUUUCUGAAUUAUUAUGGUCUCCAACGAUUCGGCACGUUCGCGAUUCGGACGGAUGUCGUGGGCUUGAAAAUACUGCAGGGAGAUUUCAAGGCUGCGUGUGAUGCGAUUCUCGAGUUUUCCCCGGUUGCCCUGGAGGCUUCGGAAGCACCGGGCUCUGGUGCCUUGGUUGGCCAAGAUGAUAAAGCGCGUGCUGAAGGAAUCAACGUCUGGCGGACAACAGGCCGAGUCAACGACUCUCUGGACAAGAUCCCACGCAAGUUUUCUGCCGAGACGGCGCUGAUACGGCAUCUGGGAAGACAACCUCAAGACUUUCUCGGUGCAUUGCUGUCUAUACAGCGCAACCUGAGGCUGAUGUACGUGCACGCCUACCAAUCGCUGGUGUGGAAUUUGGCUGUCGGCGAACGCUGGAGGUUGUUCGCAAAUAAUGUUGUCGAGGGUGACCUGGUCCUAGUUCGCGAGCACAAGGGAAAGGAGAGUCGUGACGAAGUGGUUCCUACUGUGGACGCUGAUGGCGAAGUUGUGAUCCAACCUUCGGUGGAAGAUCGAGCCUACGACCCGGACGACGUUUACGAUCGAGCUAGGGCUCUGACCUCUGAAGAGGCGGCAAGCGGGCAGUAUUCCAUCUUCGACAUCGUGCUGCCACUCCCCGGUUUCGAUGUCAUCUACCCGGCUAACGCGAGUGGCGAAUGGUACAAGACAUUCAUGGCCGGGGAAAUCGGUGGAGGACUUGACCCGAACGACAUGCGCCGCAAGCAGAGAGAUUUCAGUCUGAGCGGCGGAUAUCGGAAGAUGCUGGCGCGGAUCGGAGCGGACUAUGACUUCCAGCUUCACGAGUACACGGACGACAAUAAGCAGUUUGCCGAAACAGAUAUGGAGAGGAUCAAAGCCAAACACCACGAAAAGGAGAAGCCGAGCGGCGAGCAAGAUGCAAUGGCCGGCGACACGAACAGUACUGGCAAUGCAGAACCGAAGCUUGCCGCCGUGCUCAAGUUUCAGCUCGGCUCGAGUCAGUACGCGACUAUGGCGCUGCGGGAGUUGUCCCGAGGAGGUAUUCAAGCCUACAAGGCGGAGUUCAUGGGCGGGCGAUAG